GUUCAAUAAUAUUAACUGAGGUAUGUAAAUAUUUAGCGAUAAAAUGAUAUGGUCCCAGUGAAAUCAACAUUUUUCCUGUAUUCUGUGAUUCUAACAAGAUUUUUCAUUAGUUUCUUUAAAACAAUGUAGGAUAUUAGACGAAUCAUUGAGAUGGCUUAUAGCAAAUAAGAAAAUUAAAAAAGCACGAUUGCAGGUGAAAAAGAUUGCAAGGAUCAAUAAGGUAAACGUUGAUGAUGUUUUGCCUCUUUUGGAGGACGAGAUAGAGAUAACUACCCCUUUGAAAGAACAAGAUUUACUAGUAAAUGUAGACACACAGGACAGAAACCUUAACAGAGAAAACUUGUUCACAAUUUUACAACAUAAGCUACUGCUGAAGACUACUGGGAUCAUGGCCUUCACCUGGUAUUUAUAGUUAUGAGUAUAAAGGUUUUCACUUGUCAGAAAAUGUGAAGCAGUGCGAAUUUAUGUACGUAUCUCGACAAAUACUUUUAUUUCAUAGAAGCUUCAGACCAAGAUAUAUGGAAUUGAAUACUUAAUACAAACACCGAAUAACUCAUACAUCAUCUAGCAGCAAAUAUAUAAAUAUUGGGUAAAUGUCGACAAUUUAAAUAGCAAUAUAGUUUAUAAUGGAAGGAUAUUAAAAAAAGAAAUUGUGUUGUCAAGAAAAUAUCUAUUAAUAUGUUUAUAAUAAAAAUGUAUACGUUUACCCUGUCAUUACAAAAUAUAGCGAGCGCUCAUUUAAUGAUGUUGCCUUAAAUGCCACGAGGAAUGAUGGAAAAAUGUUCAAUCUUUUUUCAGGUUUACGAAUUCUUUAGUCUAUUUUGGAUUAACCUUUACAUCAACACAACUAGCUGGUGACAGACAUUUAAACUUUUUCCUUAAUGUAGCCGUAGAAACUCCAGCUAUGAUUACUUUUAUGAUUUUAGUGAGAAGAUUCAGAAGAAAAAGUAUUUCAGUUACAUUUCAUAGUAUAGCUGGGAUUUCUCUAGUUAUAUCUGUUAUAUUACAUACUCUGAAAGAAAGAAAUCACCAUUACGAAACUGCCUCCAUUAUAUUAAGUUUUAUUGGGAAGUUUGGAAUCACUGGAUCCUUCAGUUUGAUAUUUUUGUUUACACCAGAAUUGUACCCAACAAAUUUAAGAAACAUCGGUAUUGGUUUAGGAUCAAUGUCAGGAAGAGUUGGUGGCAUGCUAGCACCAUAUGCUACAAUGUUGGCAACAUAUAUAGAAUGGGGACCCGGAAUAAUCUUUGGAGUAUGUUGUGGUGUUGCGACUUUAUUACAACUUUUACUACCAGAAACCAGUGGAAAGGAACUGCCACAGUCCGUACGGGAACUUAGAGAAUGGGACAAACAGAGGGGUCUUCAAUCUAAAUCUAAUGAAAUCAAGGAGACGUAAUUACAUUGGUUGGUAGAAAAUGCACACUUGUGCCAGAAUGAAGAUAUGUGACAAUAGUAUAUUACACUGUAGAGUCAAAAUAAUUACUUCUCGCUUAAAGUUUACCGACAUGCAGUCAUUGUUAUAGAAAUCAAUUUUGUUAUACUUAUUCUAUAUACUGGAUAAUCUGUUAUGUCUUAUCGUUUGUAGUCCAAAUAAUUAUAAAAUUGCCUUUCCAUAACAUUAUUGUCAUGAAAAUUGU